AUGAAGUUUUGUGAUAAACUGAUAACAAACGAAGAACAGAAAAUAUAUUAUUACUAUAAUAUAUUGAGCGCCGAGUAUAGGGAGUUUAUGACUCCUUCAAAGUAUGAGACCCUCACCGAGAUCAUAAACGUUGCUCGGGAACAGGAGAUUGAAUUGAAGAAACAAAUUGAAAGAGGUGAAAGAAGGGCGCAGGUGGUAAAUCCAAGCCCAAUGAAAAAGGCGCGUACGACUGAGUCGUCGAAGAAACAAGAGGGAAAAAGCGGGUCGCCAAGCUGCAAGGUAUGCGGGAAAGGGCACAAGGGUGAGUGUCGGUUUAAGGACAAAUCGUGUCCUAUUUGUGGGAAAACAGGGCACACGGCUGCGUUAUGCCUGGGGAAAGUGUCGGUAUGUUACAAAUGUUAUCAGCCGGGUCACAAGAAGUCUGAGUGCCCGGAGUUGAUCGGAAGGAAAUAUGGCAAGGAUACACAUACUAAGACACCAAAAGCAAAAGCUAGAUCCUUCCUGUUAAUAGCAGCAGAGGUGAAAAAGGAACCCGAUGUGGUUUCAGGUAUAUUUGCAAUAAACUCAAUUCCCGCACAUGUGUUAUUUGAUACGGGUGCGAAUAAAUCCUUUAUUUCGCAUGGAUUUAUUCAACAUCCUUCUUUUGUACUAACGAAAUUACCUAUGCCAUUAGAGGUAGAAAUAGGUGACAACAAAAGUUUCAUUGUGUGUGAUAUAUGCCAAGAUUGUAAGAUAAAUAUUGAUGAUGAAGAAUACUCAAUAGACCUGAUCCCGAUGUCAAUGGGAGAAUUUCAAGUAGUGGUCGGGAUGGAUUGGUUAUCCCGACAUCAUGCGAAAGUGGUAUGUUUCCGCAAGGAGAUAAAAUUAACAUCUCCAAGUGGAAAACACGUUACCAUUUAUGGCGAAAAAGGGGGUAAUCUCAUUAUGUGCACAAUGCUAAAGGCUCACAAACUCAUGAGGCUUGGGUGCAGAGCAUUCAUGAUAUAUGCAAACGAACUGGAUAAAGAAAUGCCAAAGAUUGAAGACGUACCGGUGGUAGUGAAUACGCCGAUGUAUUUCCGAAGGAAUUACCGGGAAUACCGCCUGAACGGGAGGAAGAAUUCGGAAUCGAAUUGA